UGGUGACCUGCAAGAGAGGUGCAGCACACAUACGUACAGUACACAGUGCGCUGAACACUGGCUCAGAGAGAAGACGUAGAGUCGCAUCCUGGGGUAAAGAGGAUGGGAGACAGUCUCCUGCACAUUAAACAUGAUGUUUUGUAGGGAAACAUGACGACUUCACAUCGAUUGCAGGAGAGAUGUCACGCGCACAUCAACGUUUUUCCUCCAUAUUUGUUGCGGGAUGACCUGUCAGGUGUUACGUGCGUCUCGGUCCACAUCAGGAGCAGCGCACGGUGUUGCUUUCGCGUGGUCACUCAGAAGAAAUGCCAUCUCACCUCUAAGUGUUAUCUCCUCUCCUCUUCUCUUCACUCGGAUUAGAUUUUUCUAAGCAGGUCGCACCGCCUCGCGUUGUGUUUCCUCCGAUUGAAUGGCUGUCAUGACUUGUGCCCUCAGGACCGUGAAGCUACGAAAGCAGAAGAAACCAGCUCGUUUGGCGCUUGUUCGUCCUUUCAUCCUCUCAGUGUAAUCGCGCGCAGUAAUUAGACUGGGCAUCUGAGUCAAAAUCUACGGAUGGAACAAUGGAAAAACCUGAACAUCGACAUACAGGACUUUUCCUGGUUGUGAAUUUAUUUAAUCAUUGGCAGGGGGAAGAGUUUGGACUAAAUCACAGGAAGAUUUGAUCACACAGAGGAAACAAAGAACGCAAGUCUCUGGAGGUGAAGACAUGGUCAUCACUGACAGAAGCACCCCUGUACCUAAAAAGAGCCCCAGAAGAAUGAUGAGGAUCAAGUCUCGCCCUCAUGGCCUGCCCUCUCCUGCACUCUGCUGUGCCUGUGGCCUCUGCAUCAUGCUGGCCGGGCUCAACAUCACCCUGGUGGGGGCAUUCGCCUUUAGUACGCUGGUGCCUUCUGCCAACCCCCCUAUAAUCAUCGGACCUAUCCUGCUGCUGGUUGCCCUCUCCUUUUUCGGGGCGUGUUGCGUCUGCAGCCGCCUCCCCCCUCCCACAGCUCCAAGGAGGUCAAAGGUGGGCGGUAGGGGCACUGGGCUGAUGGGGCGUGGUGGGCUGGCAGGGGCGGCGUUUGAAAUAGAGACCAGCGAGCAUACACUGCAGGACACCACAGCUGUGCAGCUCAGCCCCACCUCUUCCCCUGGAUCCUCUCAGGCGUCAGCCCAGAAAGAGAGGCUCCUGUCGAGGCCCUACCAGGACCUUGCAAGCUCUUCACCAUGGAGACCAACGGCCCUUCUUCUGUUUCCGCCACCGCAGUCUACUCGACCUCCACGGCAGCAGGAGGAGAGGGGAGGUGAGGCUCAACCUGCCACGUGAAGAAGUGGUCACCUAGCAGCACAGAGACUCUUCCAAGGCCAGAGCGCUGGCAGUGUACAUAUUCUUCCGGAUCGAGGGCUUGCUGAGUGUGAUUGUGUCCUCUAGUUUACGUGGUGCCAUAUUUCUGAUCGUGAACAGUAUGCUUUUGAUUUCCCCGCUGUGCAGCCAACUGGUUAUUAGCAUGCAAUGUUAAGGAAACUUCAAGUAUUUGUGGAUUAUGGGUUUUGAAUUUAAAUUCCUACCUCUCUUGUGCUGUUUUCUGACUAGUCUUUGUUUUCAACUUUGGGCAUUAUGAACAGCUCUUAUGUACAGAAACUUUUCUGUUUCACUGUUUCUCUGGUUUGUGGAGACCUCACCCAUCUGCAGUGGUCCCUGAGGGCUUGUCUGAAACAAAUGAUUGUUGACUUGUUCUUAGAAUUAAAGAUUAGAAGUGAAAGGGCAACAGUGAGAACCUGAGUUGAACAGUUCAGUUGAGUUUUUAGUGACAUUUGGCAUUUUGUGUGACAUAUACAGUCCUGAAUUUGUCUCGGGGGCAUCAAAUACCACAGGCCACAGAGGUCCACUCCCAAAGCAAUAUUCUCUUCACCUGAGUUUCAAUUCUUUGGCAUUACAGUUCCUUCCACAAGUAGUUUGACAGUACUUGUUUACAGCCAUUAAAAGGAUCAUGAACAAUCAUGCACACAGAGCAGUGUUACUGCAUAUGCACAUGUUUGUGUACAGUUUUGAGGAAUCAUUCCUCCCAUAGUUUGACCACCUCUGUUAUAACUCCAACAUCUGACACUAUGUUUCUUGAGUUUGUUUGUCACCACACUCCUGACAGUUUCUUAUUUAAAAGGUAAUCCAAACUCAAACCAUAGUUGUUGGUUGUUGUUGGUUUUUUUUUGGUGUGAGCUUAUGCUUUAUAUGCUCUGGCAUUUGUACCAGGUUCCCCUCAUUUACACACAAAUGUAAUUCUAACCUGAUGCAGAUCAGUCUAAUCACUAUCAUCCAUUCUAAUACAGGUGAGCUUAAGUGCUUUUAGGCAUUUUUUGUAAACAAUCAAGAUGGCCGCUGCAGUUUGUAAAUGUUAAAUCUGCUAUCACGUCAGUACUAAACAAACUCAUUUAAUGCUAAACAUCAGUGUUAUUAUUGAUACCAAGCCAUAAGAAUUGGUUGUUUGGGACUAGCCUCCUUGCCUAGCAGCCCAGCUGCAUGAAUGUUUUAAUGCUUUUUGUAGUUUCCAGAGGUGUUUUGGUCUCCCUCAGAUAAUGCUCCUUGGAAACAAAAGAGGUACUGAAGGAUUUUUGGAGAUCCCCAUCAAUUUCAGGCUUUGUUUUAAGGUCAUGUUCAUGCUGAAUUGAUCAUUAAUUAGUGUACUCUGUAAAUCAGUUAAGAUCCAGGUGGACUCUGGGGACUUACAUCGGCUGUAUGGCAAAAAAAAAAAAAAUUCACCAUAAUGAUUAUUGUAUCAUCAUAAUUUUAUGACUGGAUGGCCAUACAGAGAAUGCAUGUUUUGCAGAUUUCAUCGUGUAUUGAAUAUAUAUAUUCAGCAAAAAACUCCACUAAACCUAGUUCACAAAAACUGAAAAGCCAAGAAGUCUGAUAGAGUUUUGAUUUUCAGAUUGCAUAAAAACUACCUGCUCCCCGUCACUGUGAUGUCUCUUUGUCGGUCAUGAAAUUGGCUGGUCAACAGACAUAUUCAAACCCUGAUUUCCUUUGAAAGGAAAGUUGCCUUAGACUGAGAUAUCAGGAUUAAACUAAUGAGGGCUAUGAUUAAAGUGCACAACAGCAUUUUUUUUUCAGUAAGCCUUUGUUAGGCUCUGGAUUUCUACUCAAUGUUGUUAGGACAGCAUCACCCAGUUUCUGAUUUUUGUGAAUGUAACAAAUAUCUACAAAUGGUUUAAAUGUUCCAUUUCAGGAAUGUGUAUGGAGUUGAGAGUGAACACCUGCAUAUACAGGCACACAGUCCAUUGACCAGAUCAGUAAUUACCUGCGUUAUUUAUGACCCAGCUCCUCAAAGGGACCAGUAUCCAUAUCAAAGCUCUCUCUCUCUCUCUCUCUCUCUCUCUCUCUCUCUCUCUCUCUC